AGGCUGCGAUGAGCGAUCAGUUUGUUAAACCAGGUAAUCAGGAGCACGGGUGGAACGACCCACCACAGUUUUCAUAUGGCUUACAGAAGGAUUCAGGUGGAAUAAAGAGGAAUGUUCUCAACAAGAGGGUGCAUGCGCCCCAAUUCACUGGUCAAGCUCAUCCCACUGGUUCUGGAUCAGACAUGCAAUCCCCACCGGUGGCGAUGCUAACGCCACCCCGGGGAAUGAAUCCUCCUCCAAUGAAUAGCAGCACCCCGCCAUCCAUAUGUCCGAAACCUCCCUCAGACGGAAAGACAGAGGCAAUAGAGAUGGAGACAGAGCCGUCUAUUGAAGAUGUGCAAGAAGCACUUUAUGGGGCGUUAAACGCAUGCAGACAUACUGUAAAGAAACAAAUUUGUGAUGAUGUGGAAAGACGUCUGAAGCUUUUUGAGGACAUGUGGAAAAGUGGAAAACUUUCUCCUUUGGUUAAACACAGGAUGCAUAGAUUGUCCCAGGACCUGAAAAGAAAAAAUUGGGAUUCAGCUGAUGAGAUCCACAGAGGCCUGAUGGUGGAUCAUGUUGCUGAAGUCAGUCAGUGGAUGGUGGGAGUCAAGCGUCUUAUCGCUGAAGCCCGGAGCCUGAACCCAGAACAAAUCAACAACCGCACUGAUCCAGACUCAUGAGGACCGUACGAUGUCCAUUCCUCUGAAAACCCAUGCUGCAUUAUAUAAGUUGCCAAAGUGAUUUGUUAACUUAUGUAAAGUUUUCUACAAUCUACCUUUCGCCCAUUCCCAUCUACAUCAUCUAAUAUUACUUUUUUGUGGAGUGGUGGUGGGGAACAGUCUUUUUUUUAUUUUUCCUCAUUAAAAAUUGAAAAUAAUGUAUAUUUAAAAUAAUGUAGGUAUUAAGUAUUACCACUGUAU